CCAUUUCACCCGUAGCUUAUCGAUAUCACCGGUGGAGCAUUCCGAAAUGAACCACUUCUUCACGGUACAAUAUAAACCGGGGAAUCAGUUUGGCGGUUGAGUUUCGAGUGUUCGAUGUGAUUUUGUUUGCAUACGGGGCGGAAUGUUGUUCUUGACGAUCGUAGUGGGAGCAUUGCUCUAUCUGGUGGUAAACUUCUAUGUGACGCGGAGGGCUUUGAAUCGAAUGGCGGCCCACUUUAGUGGGCCCAAGCCGAACUUUUUGCUGGGGAAUGUGUUGGAGUUUUUGAAUAAGGAUCUGCCAGGCAUCUUCGAAACCAUGAUCGGUUUCCACUGGAAGCACGGCCAGGACAUCAUGACGUGGAACGUGCUGAAUCUGAACAUGCUGAGCGUAACGAGUGCCCAAAACGUGGAGAAGGUCCUGAUGGCGAAGCAAACGAAGAAAUCGUUCCUGUACAGCUUUGUGGAACCGUGGCUGGGCCAGGGGUUGCUCAUUUCCAGCGGCGAGAAGUGGUUCCAACGGAGGAAGAUCAUUACGCCGACGUUCCAUUUCAAGAUUCUGGAACAGUUUGUGACGGUGUUUAACAAGGAAACGGAUACGAUGGUGGACAAUUUGAGGAAACAUGUUGGAGGUGGGGAGUUCGAUAUCUACGAUUAUGUGACGCUGAUGGCUUUGGAUAGUAUUUGCGAAACAUCCAUGGGAACCUGCGUGAACGCCCAGAAGAAUCCAACGAAUCGAUACGUCCAGAACGUUAAGCGAAUGUCGGUUCUGGUUCUGCUUAGAUCUAUAAGUAUGCUAGCUGGUUCUCCACUGCUGUACGACGUUUUGCACCCACAUGCUUGGGAAUCGCGCAAGAUCAUCAAGCAGUUGCACGAGUUUACCACAUCGGUUAUCGAGUCCAGAAGACGACAGCUGGAGAUGGAGAAACUUGAAAAGGUGGAUUUCGAUAUGAAUGAGGAAAAUUUGUAUUCCAAGCGGAAGAUGACCUUCCUGGAUUUGCUGCUGAACGUCACGGUUGAGGGUAAACCACUUUCCAUUGAGGAUAUUCGUGAGGAAGUAGACACGUUUAUGUUCGAGGGACACGACACCACAACCAGUGGAAUUUCUUUCGCAAUCUACCAGCUGGCAUCGAAUCCGCACAUACAGGACAAACUGUACGAUGAAAUCGUAUCGAUUGUGGGGAAAAACACCUCCAAUGUGGAGCUCACUUUCCAGACGCUGCAAGAUUUCCGUUACCUGGAAACGGUGAUAAAGGAAUCGAUGCGCCUUUUUCCGCCGGUGCCAUUCAUCGGAAGGACUUCUGUGGAUGACAUGGAAAUGAAUGGAACAACCGUGAAGGCAGGUCAGGAGUUCCUAGUACCCAUCUACGUCAUCCACCGGAAUCCAAAGGUGUACCCGGAUCCGGAAAAGUUCGAUCCGGAGCGCUUUUCCGAUACGGCAGAAUCCAAGCGUGGUCCGUACGAUUACAUUCCGUUUAGUGCCGGGUCUCGGAACUGUAUCGGUCAACGGUAUGCCAUGUUGGAGAUGAAGGUUACCCUGAUCAAGCUACUGCUGAACUACCGCAUACUGCCGGGCGAAUCCAUGGGGGAGGUUAGGGUUAAAAGCGAUCUGGUGCUGCGACCUGAUAGGGGAAUCCCGGUGACACUGGUGGCGAGAAGUUGAACUGUGUUUGGAGUGUUGUUUGGAAGUGUACUUUUUGAUAAUUUUCCGCAAAUAAAUUUUAGACAUUUUUAAA